UGCUAGUCAUCAGCGACGGGGGUGCAGCCUAUGAGCUUUAGGCAAACUAAUUUAAAGACGUAUGUACCUGUUUCUAAUUAGUAUUAAAAAGGUUUGGGAACCUAUGCUUCAUUUGUAGGUUCAGUGGCAAAACGAUAGCUUCAGCGCUUCCGACUGACCGUCCAUCCAAAUGAAGCCCUAAUCAAGGCUAGGCUGAAUGGCAAAUGGAAAAGAGAAACCUCUGAGGAAACCUAGUGAAGACCAACAGCGAUGGAGGAUGAGAAAUUUAGGACGAGGAUGAAGGAAAUGAAACGCAGGUAUGCUACAGCUACGCCUGCAUUGUUGCGUAUAACAGGCUCUGUGGUUACGAUGGUAUUGCUGUUAUGGACCAUUUGCUGCGGAUUUGAAUUGACAAUGGAACCUUGGCGAUACACUGCCGUUGCAGUCCGGGCAUUCCAUGUUGGAGUCACCACAACGAUCUUUGGUUUGUUGUUUCUGAUCGUCGGGUUUUCCAUUCUGGCAGACUUGUUUUUGAAUAUAUCAGAACAGUUGCCACAGCUAUCUGGCAUGCAUGAAGGGCAGGAGACAAGGACGAUUUCCAAAGCUAUUGGCAAGGCCCUCGUAAUUGUAAUCACAAUGUUGGUGAUCUUAUGGGAAAUGCACACCAGAUUUAGGCUUGCAACUGAAUCAGGAAAGAGCAAACAACAUCUCCUGACGGUUUCAAUUGGAGUCACCACCAUUUUAUUUGGCUUAUGUCAUCAUUGGACUCGCCAUUGUUCUGGAGCUCGUACAAGAAUUUUGGACACGUUCACAAUAGAAAGAGAAAAUAAACCAGCUUUCAUCGCGGUUGUAAUGAAGAUGUUUAAGUGUUUUCCUUGACAAUUCUCUAGUAGUCCAGCAUUGUUUCCAUGUACUAAUGCUGAGAUCAAAGGAGAAUUGAAACGCUAGAACCUUAAGGUCUCAAGCAGAUGUUGUUCCCUGCCUCACACUUUGCUUCAUCUACAUUGGAACAUACAGGUUAAAAGGUGGAAGAUAACAAAACAAUGUUUGGGAAGCAUGGACAGGAAAAAGGGUUUUCAAUACACAAAUGAUGUCUCAUCACUUCUUCCACUUUAGAUUCAGCAGGUGCUGUUUGUCCUGUGAAGCAAAUAACAUCUGUAUCCAUGUAGAUUUCAUGUGUAUAGCAAUAUUCAGAAAUCACAUCCUUUUGAAGAAUCUGGACAUGAGAUAUCUUCCCAGGUCAAUUAGGUCAUGCUCUUUGUUAACACUAUAUAAUGCCGCAUAUAAAGACUAAUUAAGACCUUCAAUUAUACCAUCGGACAUGCAUCAAAUUCAUAUCCUUCUUCCAUGCAUGAAAUCCAUACCAGAUUGCCAACAACGAACCAUAACCUUCUUCAUCCUAAAACCAUAAAUAAUUUACCAAUAUGAGCUUAACCACAGCAGGUUUUAGGUGCAGUUCAGCUUUUGGUUUUUUGUCAAAGAAUUAAUCAAACCAUAAAAAUCAUCUCCUU